UCGAUGGGAUUUUCCUCCGCUGCCGAAAUGGACUUUCAUUGAUUUCGUCCUACUUCUACGUUUAGUGACCAAUUCCCUAGGCGUAUUUGUGGUACUUCCCCUUUCCCCCCUCCCGAAUAUAUAAUCUGUAAAAUGGAGAACGAAAUCUUUACUCUCCUUCUGGAGCAGUUCAUGACCAGCCCCUUGGUCACUUGGGUUAAAACGUUUGGACCUCCGGCUGCAGGAAAUGGGACCAACCUGGAUGAAUAUGUGGCCUUGGUGGAUGGGGUAUUCUUGAACCAGGUCAUGCUCCAAAUUAAUCCUAAAUCAGAGAGUCAGAGAGUAAAUAAAAAAGUCAACAAUGAUGCUUCACUUAGAAUUCAUAACCUCUCCAUUUUGGUGAAACAGAUAAAGUUUUAUUAUCAGGAGACUUUGCAGCAGUUGAUUAUGAUGUCAUUGCCAAAUGUCUUAAUCAUUGGCAAAAAUCCCUUUUCUGAACAAGGCACAGAAGAAGUUAAAAAGUUGCUUUUACUCUUACUGGGUUGUGCAGUUCAGUGUCAGAAAAAGGAAGAAUUUAUUGAACGAAUUCAAGGUUUAGAUUUUGAUACAAAAGCAGCAGUUGCCGCACAUAUUCAAGAGGUAACUCAUAAUCAGGAAAAUGUAUUUGAUCUGCAAUGGAUGGAGGUGACAGAUAUGUCUCAGGAAGAUAUAGAACCACUCUUGAAGAAUAUGGUAUCACAUCUAAAAAGACUGAUAGAUGAGAGAGACGAACAUUCAGAGACUAUCGUAGAGCUAUCUGAAGAGCGAGAUGGUCUUCAUUUUCUACCACAUGCCUCUUCGUCUGCACAGUUACCCUGUGGUUCUCCUGGCAUGAAGCGAACAGAAAGUCGACAGCACCUCUCAGUGGAACUGGCUGAUGCUAAGGCCAAGAACCGAAGACUGAGGCAGGAAUUGGAAGAAAAGACUGAGCAGUUAUUGGACUGUAAACAAGAACUUGAACAAAUAGAAAUAGAAUUGAAGAGGCUACAACAAGAGAACAUGAAUUUGCUGUCAGAUGCUCGAUCUGCUCGAAUGUACCGAGAUGAAUUGGAUGCACUUCGAGAGAAAGCAGUCCGAGUGGAUAAGCUUGAAAGUGAACUCAGCAGAUACAAAGAGAGACUUCAUGACAUUGAAUUUUAUAAGGCAAGAGUUGAGGAAUUAAAAGAAGAUAAUCAAGUUUUAUUAGAAACAAAAACCAUGUUGGAAGACCAACUAGAAGGAACUCGAGCUCGUUCUGACAAAUUACAUGAACUAGAAAAAGAGAAUUUACAACUAAAGGCUAAAUUGCAUGAUAUGGAAAUGGAACGAGAUAUGGAUAGAAAGAAGAUAGAAGAAUUAAUGGAAGAAAAUAUGACUUUGGAAAUGGCACAGAAACAAAGUAUGGAUGAGUCAUUACAUCUUGGCUGGGAACUAGAACAAAUAUCCAGAACUAGUGAACUUGCUGAAGCACCACAGAAAUCCUUGGGCCAUGAAGUAAAUGAGUUGACAUCCAGUAAGUUAUUAAAGUUGGAGAUGGAAAGCCAAAGUUUGACAAAAACUGUAGAAGAGCUUCGGAGUACUAUGGGCUCUGCAGAAGGCAGCACUUCCAAAAUCCUAAAAAUUGAAAAAGAAAACCAGAGACUGAAUAAAAAGGUUGAAAUUCUUGAAAAUGAAAUUAUUCAAGAAAAGCGAAGUCUUCAGAAUUGUCAAAAUUUAAGCAAAGAUCUAAUGAAAGAAAAAGCUCAGCUUGAAAAAACAAUUGAAACACUCAGAGAGAAUUCAGAGAGGCAGAUUAAAAUAUUGGAGCAGGAAAAUGAACAUCUGAAUCAAACUGUAUCUUCCAUACGACAACGCUUCCAGAUUAGUGCUGAGGCAAGGGUGAAAGACAUUGAAAAAGAAAAUAAAAUUCUCCAUGAAUCUAUCAAAGAAACAAGUGGAAAACUAAGCAAGGUUGAAUUUGAAAAAAGACAAAUGAAAAAAGAAUUGGAGCAUUAUAAAGAGAAAGGAGAGCGAGCAGAAGAACUGGAAAAUGAGUUGCAUCAUCUUGGAAAAGAAAAUGAAUUGUUACAGAAGAAGAUAACUAAUUUAAAGAUUACUUGUGAAAAAGUCGAGGCAUUAGAACAAGAAAAUUCUGAGCUAGAAAGAGAAAAUAGAAAGUUUAAAAAAACUUUGGAUAGCUUUAAAAACCUUACUUUUCAGUUAGAAUCCCUAGAAAAGGAGAAUUCCCAACUUGAUGAGGAAAACUUAGAGCUGCGAAGGAGUGUGGAGUCUCUGAAGUGUGCGGGCGUGAAAAUGGCGCAGCUGCAGCUGGAGAACAAGGAGCUGGAGAGUGAGAAGGAGCAGCUCAAGAAGGGCCUGGAGCUCAUGAAAGCCUCUUUCAAGAAGACAGAGCGCUUGGAAGUGAGCUACCAGGGGCUCGACACAGAAAACCACAGGCUGCAGAAAGCUCUAGAAAAUAGCAAUAAAAAAAUCCAACAGUUAGAGAGUGAGCUACAAGACUUAGAGAUGGAAAAUCAAACAUUACAAAAAAACCUGGAAGAACUGAAAAUUUCUAGCAAAAGACUUGAACAAUUAGAAAAAGAAAAUAAAUCAUUAGAACAGGAGACUUCUCAACUAGAAAAGGACAAGAAACAAUUGGAGAAGGAAAAUAAGAGACUCCGACAACAAGCAGAGAUAAAAGAUACCACACUAGAAGAAAAUAAUGUGAAAAUUGGAAAUUUGGAAAAAGAAAACAAAACUCUAUUUAAAGAAAUUAAUAUAUAUAAAGAGUCCUGUGUUCGUUUUUUUCAGGAACUCAUUUACUAUUAA